AUGCUUAUCUACAAAGACCUCAUCAGCCAUGAUGAGAUAUUUUCCCAAAUCUACAAGAUCUGGGAGAUCGAAGACGAGCUGUGUCUGGAAGGGGAGAGGAAGAUGGUCAGUAGAACCAAAGGUGACAUCAAUGACUCACUCAUUGGUGGUAACGCCUCAGCUGAAGGCCCCGAUGCUAAUGGAACAGAAAGCACAGUGGUCACUGGUGUUGAUAUUGUCAUGAACCAUCACUUGCAGGAAACCAGCAAGAAGUACAUCAAAGACUACAUGAAAUUAAUCAAAGGCAAAUUUGGAAAGCAGAAACCAGAAAGAGUAAAGCCUUUUAUGACAGGGGCGGCAGAACAAAUCAAGCACAUUCUUGCAAAUUUCAAAAACUACCAGUUCGUUCUUGGUGAGAACAUGAAUCCAGAUGGCAUGGUUGCUCUGCUGGACUACCGUGAGGAUGGUGGGACCCUGUAUAUGAGCUCCUUUAAGGAUGGCUGA